UCUUUCCUCUGACCUCAAAUUCCCACAGAAAGCAAGGUCUGGCUGAUUAAUCGAGAAACGAACGGAAGUGCGGGUAACGUCGGUGGCUCACUACAUGUCUCUCCCUCGCAGUUCCCGAAGUGGCUGGGACGCGCUAGACCCUGAAGACAGAGCGCGCUGUCAGCUGCCUUCCCUGCUUCUCGGGGCGGAAGCCAGAGAGAGCUGUUUGGAAACGUCUCAUUCACACACCAGUUGAAGACCAGGCUUUGGAGCGUUUCAAAGUAGAUCUCGGUCUCUCUCGGAUGGAUGGAGAGAGGUAACAUCCUGCAACUUGCUGCCAGAGGUCCCGCGAACACAAACCCCUCCGGUUUUCAUUCCCUGUGUUGAAUGGUGUUUGCUUUAGCUACUCAGGGAUUCUGAACUUGUGACUAGGAAUCCAGGCUGGGAAGAUGCUAAGUUCCAUCAAGUGUGUGUUGGUGGGAGACACUGCCGUGGGGAAAACCUCCCUGUUGGUGCGCUUCACCUCAGAGACCUUCCCGGAGGCCUACAAGCCCACGGUGUAUGAGAACACGGGCGUGGACGUCUUCAUGGACGGCAUCCAGAUCAGCCUGGGUCUCUGGGACACAGCUGGCAAUGACGCCUUCAGGAGCAUCCGUCCCCUGUCCUACCAGCAGGCCGACGUGGUGCUGAUGUGCUACUCUGUGGCCAACCACAGCUCUUUCCUGAACCUGAGGAACAAGUGGAUUGGUGAAGUCAGGAGCUACCUGCCCUGUACCCCCGUGCUGGUGGUGGCCACCCAGACUGACCAGCGGGAGGUGGGGCCCCACAGGGCCUCCUGCAUCAGUGCCAUGGAUGGGAAGAGACUGGCCCAGGAGGUGAGAGCAAAGGGCUACUUGGAGUGCUCAGCCCUCAGCAAUCGGGGGGUGCAGCAGGUAUUUGAGUGUGCCGUCCGAACCGCCGUGAACCAAGCCAGAAGACGCAACAGAAGGAAGCUCUUCUCCAUUAAUGAGUGCAAGAUCCUCUAACCUUCCAGGGACUUCAACCAACACGCAUUUACUCACCUCAAAGACUAAUGGGCAGGGACAGCAGGCAGAGCAGCGAGGGCUGAGGCUCUCUGGGGCACAUGCUGGGCAGCAUUUCCUUUCAGAUGCAGUGGUUGCUAGGACUUGGCCGCGGGAUGUUGUGUGGCGUGUGCUCUGCAAAUGAACUCCUCAUCCAGCCCCGCCAGAGGACCCCUUGGGCAGCUGGAAUGAACAUUCUAUCUCCAAUUUAAAAAACUAAAAUGGUCUCUAUAAUUUUGGACAAUGAAGUGAGUUUUCCGAAGAAUUCCGUAUUUAAAGACACAGUUUAUUUAAAUGGUAACGAAAUGUAGAGCUCUUACAUAUAAUUAAUGUUCACGCCCGGGAAGUCUUCUCCUGUAUACUCACCAACACACACCGCUGUGUGUGUGAAGCAGUCUUGCAGGAUUCUGCCAUGUGUUUGUAGUGUUAUUUUCACCUGAACUACUAAUUUUGUCGAAGCCACUUGACUGCUAGAUGUUACUAGGUAAUCAAAUUUUAAAAAGACCAUCAACUGAUGCUUGCUAUUAAUUUUUCACCCAGCUGUCACUCAGUUUGUAUAUAAAACAUGUUCGAUAACAUGAUACUUUAAUACUGCCUAAUGAUGAAAAGCAGUUAUCACUCUAUUUUCUGUAAUUAUUAAAAAACGUUUCUUAUUUACAAUACUACCUUCCACCCAAAGAACUCCAAUUAUGCACUAAGUAUUCCUCUUUCAUGCACCAACACAGACCGAAGGAAAACCGUUCGGGCAGAGAAUCAGACUGCGUCAAGUAGUAGCAGCAGAGUUGGGAAGAGAAUUUAAAACUCGCUCUUUCCUUUGGGGAGCCGCUGCGCUUUGCCUGGGAUCCCUGGCACUGGCGCCUCUGGGGCUGCAGGCCUUGCGAAUGAGGGCCAGCUCAGCAUUCUGCACGACGGUAAUCAGGAGAAUUUGUUGUCUGAGCUCUUAACUAAGCUGGCAGGGCAACGUAAGUUAUUAGUUUUAGGAUCUUAUCAGAAUAAUUAGUAAGGUGUCUAUGUACAUAUGUGUGUGUGAGGGAAAUAAGGUAGAAUUUAUAGCUUUUACUGUUUCAUGAAUACGAAACACCUGUGUAGAAAAGCAAUCACGAGUUCCAAGCACAGGGAACAGGAAGACUGUAUAAUGAUUUUUUUGUAUAAUCAAAUGUUAUCAGGGGAAAAUGCUGAAUUAAUAGGGACCCUUCAAACCCCAUUCUAUCUGAUGGCUUAAAAGCAGUGGCAUUGAUCAUUUGUUAAAGUUGAGAACAGAGUUCUAUGUAACGUGAGGAGGACAUUGAGAGGGCCGGCACCUGGGUACAUCAUCUGCUCACCUAGCCAGAGGAAGCUGAGAACGACUCCGAACCACAUUUAUUAAAGUUCAUCACUGUUAUUGUAGGGUGUGGCCACCACACACAAAUGGUAGGGCAGCUGGCAUAAGUGACUAGGACUGGACUUACAUUGGCAUAACCAAACCCAUUUCUCAGUUUCCUCGCGUGGUCCAGUCGUCAUAGCUGUAACAAUGCCAACAUCCAAUCUGGGCUCCUCUCCACAUGUUCCCCUCAGGAACACCCAGUAAAAGGCCCGGGACCUGGGUCUCAGUCCUUGGGCGCCAAAGUUCCCUCAGUUCCCUGGGGCUGACAGUUCCACCCUCCCCCAGCUACCUCUAGUCCUCCAGCCCUGUGGCUUGUCCUCGCCUCUGUGUCCCUUGACUGGAGAGCCCCUACGUCCGGCUCUCCGUAUUGUGCUUGAAAGCCGAGCAGGCACAGGGUGUGGCGGGCAGAGGGAGCUCACCUUCUGUAAUAUCCCUGUUGAUCCCUCCCCCAUCAACACAUGAGCAGUCUUAAGGCACACAGAUUUUCCUUCAGGGCCCGUCUUUCGGGUGUGGUCUAUUUAGCUUGUUAGCAGGAAUGAAUGUCUACUUAUUAACAUUGCCUGUCCCCAAGCUUUUCUUUCUUCCUUGUUGAAGGGAGAAGAGGGCAGGGGGUGUCUCUGGAAACGGGAGAGCCCAGGUACCUGAUUCAAAGUCAGGGAAAAGGAGGUGAUUCCAUUCCCGGGCAAGGCAGAGAAGGCCAGAGGGGCAACAGCCACGUGGGUGCACACACCAAUGAGCCUUCCACCUGCGGGCAGGAGCCAAGCUUUAAGGGUCCCUCUGGGAACCCUCACACCUGAGAACAGGGAAGGCAUGUGAAAACCCUGCCCAGGGAUGGGACCUGGCAGAAAUUGAGGCCAAUAGUGGCUGUGUCCUCUACAGGGCUAGGAGUUCUUGGAGGCAGAGACACCUACUGUGUACCUCGCAGGGCCCAGUACAGGGAAGAAACGGUAACUAAACGAACAUGUUGAAUUGGAGAGAGUAAAGGAGUGGGCUGCCGGGCCAUGCAGUGGGUAUGGGAAGGAAGCAGACCCCCGCCAGCCUUGCAGGGGCAAGAAGUGAAAGUAGGUCAUUUCUGUUGGAAAUCGUGUAAUGUCUGUUCUACAUAAGCCUCUGUUUGCACCUGCCUCUAUUUAUUUUUGCUGCCUUGACUCAGACACACGCUUCUUAUUCUCUAAAACUUGCAGGACUUUCUGUACACUGUACUAUGUUGAUUCUUAACUAUUCCAAACAGCUGUAUUAAAUAUGCUCUUGUUUACAUUAAA